AUUGUUUUGUGAGUUGUUGACUUGAUCUUUUAGAUUCGUUUAUCCAAAUCAUUGUAAUAAUAAACGUGAGGUAAUAUGUAUGCUGAUUUACAUUUUUUAACAUUUGAUAACAAAAUGCACCGCGCUGAAAAUGAAGAAAUAGAAAUUUAUAACUUUCGUUCAUCGGACGACGAAGAAGAUGUCAUCUUCGGUGUACCUCUUGGAUAUGGCCCGAGUCCAUACGAAUACCUUAACGACGAUGAUCCGCUGACUGAAUUUCCAAUCAAUACAAAUACCAACCGAGUUACUCGUAAAUCACCAAAAGAAGAAGAGAAUAUUUACUCCAGUGAAGCAGAUAAAUUAAUGGCCGAGUUGGCAGCUGAUGAUUCUUUCUGCCUGGAGUCAUGGCGAAUACCUAGACCACCGCAAUAUCGAAAACCGCAUAAAAUUGAUUUCGACUUUCGAUGGAUGACUGAACAGAAACCUAAGAUAUAUCACAAAAUUUCGAAGAUGAUUAAAAGUUAUAUGGAACAAGCAAAAUCUCAAGAGAAUCAGCAGCCUGGUAAACCUGUGGAUCUGACUAAAUUGAAACCAAAAUAUGCGUGUCUUCUUGAAAAUUUAGGAUCACUGAUUGAAUCGUACAAAGACACCAGUUAAAACUAAAGAUUCGAAUGUUGCAUGAUUUCCUUUAAAACUCAGUAAAAUAUGACAAUUAUUUACUAUUGUUUUGAAACAUCCGAAGAUAACUUUUGCAAUAAAAUGCUUUUAAAUGGU